AUGGCAUCGGAUAUUGGGAAGCCUCUCAAAGUCGACACCCCAACCUUGAAUAUGACUCGGCCGUCGGUGGCUAGGUUCUGUGAUGAAAUUGAUUUGACAAAGGAGUUGCCAAAAUCAGUGAAGGUUGGCAAAAGAGGCCGAAAGCAUGAGCAAAAGUUUACCUAUGAGCAUAUACCAGCCUACUGCUCAAAAUGCUUGAAGAUCGGACACAAAAUUGAUGAUUGCAAUAAGGGAGUAAUGAAGAAGAAGGUGGAGGUUUCAAAACCCUCACAAUCAAAAGUUGUAAAGCCAUCGCGUGCACCCCCCAGCAGGAUCUCAGUGUCACAAGUGGAGAAGCCCUCGCAAUCUAGGGUUUUGUCCCAUCUAAGUACCAGCCCUGUUGCGCAGGUUGCGUCGCGCGCUCCAGCCGAUGAAGACUUGCCUACUUCCUCUGGUUUGAGUCUGAAGGAGAAGAAAGCUAUUGUUGUUGAUGUGCAGGACAAUUCUUCGGUAGAAACCCCUGAUGAAGCAUUGCAGCAGCUGCAGCAAAUAUUGUUCGUGCUGCUUGAAACCAUUCCCGAAGAAGAAAAUGAAGCCCCAGCCGCUGAGGAGGAUAAUGUUAUUGAGGAAAUCAUGGCUGAUCAGCCCCCGCAAUCUCAAGUAAAUGUGCUAGAAGAGGAACGCCAAGCUUUUUCACGUCUUGGUAGCGAUGAUCGGCUAGCGCUUGGUAACUUUCCAGAUGAUGUGAAGAUAGGAGUGAAGUCAGAUAUGUUGGAUGAUAUAGAUGGUGGUCACGGCUGCUGGUCGGAAAGCAAUGUCGGUUGUGUUUGGGAAGAUGAAACGUUGCAUGGGGAAGUUUCUCAAUCCCGGAAGCAACAUCGGCAUACAAAAGCAGAGAUGGCGGAGUUGCAAAAAGGGAUGGCCCUCUGGCGAUCUCCCAGGCUUCUGCCUCUUAAUCUCGGGGAACCUUGGAUGAUUGGUGGAGAUUUCAAUGUCAUUCGAUCUCUUGAUGAAUAUUCAGGGCAUUUGGUUCAAGAUCCUCAGGCGAUGACUGAUUUCAAUGAAUGUAUUCAAGAAUGUGCAUUAUUGGAGAUCCCUGCGAUAGUGGAGGAAUUUACCUGGGGAGGCACAAGACAUACUGGUUGGGUUAGCAAGCGUUUGGAUAGAGUUCUAAUUUCGCAAGAGUGGCAUGAUCUAUUUCCAAGAUCCUCUUUGGAAAAAUUGAGUAGAACUACAUCCGAUCAUUGUCCGAUGUUGCACUUGUUUAACUUCCCGAUUGUUACAAAGCUGAGAGUUUUCCGUUUUCAGAAAAUGUGGCUUCGAAGGAAUGAUCUCUUGGCUUUGGUACAAGAGGAUUGGAAUUUGCCAAUGGAGCUUUCAGAGGGAAGGCUGAGACAAGGUCUUUUCAAAAUUCAAGCUACGGAUGGUAGAGUGCUGACUAAUCCGGCUGAAAUAGAGCAAAAAGCAAGUAAUUUCUUCCAUAGCCUACUAAAUGAAGGAGAGGCUGAUCCGAGAUGCAAUGACAUUCAAUCAACUUUUUUCGAUUGCAUUCCUCAUAUUCUUGGCGAAGAAGAACAUAAUGUGUUGUUGCGUCCGAUACUUCUCAAGGGAGGGCGACUUGUUCUUAUAAAGCAUGUUCUGUCCUCUAUUCCGACUCAUGUUUUUUCUGCAAUACCACCUCCUAAAGCUAUAAUCCGAGACAUAGAACAAAGGUGUCAAAAAUUUUAUUGGAGUGGAAGGAGUGAGGAAAAAAGGAGGCAUUGGCGGUCUUGGGAGAGGAUUGCUUUUCCUUAUUCAGAAAAUGGUCUAGGGGUUCGAAGCUUUCAAGGGAUUAUUGAUGCACUUACAGUUAAACUCUGGUGGAAAUUGAAGCAUCAAAGGGGCAUAUGGAGUCGGUUUAUUCACUCAUUAUCAAUGUCAUCAAAGAGGAAAACCUCCUGGCUUCGUGUCUCUAAAAUAGAGGCACGGGCAGUGGUUCAUACUAAAGUCAUAAUCCGACGAGGUAAUCGCUCUUUUUGGAGUGAUAAUUGGUCUCCUUUUGGAAUCCUUUGGGAUGUAGAAGGGUUCCAGCCACCUAUGCCUAAACUAAGUAUUUUGGAGUUUUUUCAGUGCAAGCAAGAGAUUCUUCCUAUGUUGGGAAAUGUUCUCUCAAAUGAUAUUCUGAAUUUUCUUGAAGACUAUGAUCAAGAUUUCAGUGAUGGUGAUGAUUUUUUGGUUUGGAAACAUACUACACAAGGGAAUUUGACGGUGAAGUCCGCUUACGAAUCUCUCCGUCAAAGACAUGAAGAGGAGGGCUGCUCGCGCAAUGUAUGGAACAAGUAUUGCAGGAAGAAACUUCAACAAGAUAGCAAGCUCAAAGGCGCUAAGAAAGUUGAGGUUAAUCCUGCAACACAGAAGAAAACUAAUAUUCCUGUAUCAGAAAGGCAAAACAAUAUGAAAACAGGUGACAAGCAUAAUAAAGGUAGCAAACAUAUAAGUAUAGUUGGUUUAGUAGAAGUCAAACUAAAAGAGGAAAAGUUACUAGAUAUUAUGAAGCAAUGGGGGACGGAAUAUGAGUAUAAGGGUAAUAGUAGCAGUGAAGAAAGACACAGGAUAUUACUAAUAUGGAAAAAGGAUGAAAUCCAAAUGUCUAUUAUCGCUAAGAAGGAACAGUUUAUGCAUUGUAUGGUGGAGGACAAGGCAAAUAAGAGGCAAUUUACAUUGACAGAAGUGUAUGGGGACAAUUCAAGAAAUGAGAGAUUAUUCUUAUGGGAUGAUCUAAGGGAGCAGUCAAUUUCAACUAGUACAGAAACAAAAGAGAUUGAAGCUGAUGGAAACCACCGAGCUAACACUAAUGGAGAGAAACAUGUUGCUGCCAAUAAUGGAGAGGACGAGCAAGUUGAGGUCGUGAAUGCUAAUGAAGGAUCUAAAGAUACUGCUUUAAAGAAUAAUCCUUACAUCCGUGAUCCACUCUCAAACAUUGUUGGAACAAUGACUCGAGCUAGACGUAAGAGGAUGGAUGAAUCACUUAAUAGUCUAAUUAUUACUACAUGGGCUAAGGAGGAAAUUAAGUUUGAAGAUUACAAGCCCAAGACUAUUAAUUUGUUGCAAGUGACACCAAAUGAACUUGGCCCAUUUGGAGAGAAGGAAUUUUGGCCCUCAAUCCAAGGAGAGACCACUGGCCACACUCCCUAUGGAGGUCGAAUGGAUCCCUAA